GUCAGACGUCGGCGGUGCGGUGCGCACAGCGAGGAGCGCCGGGGAACAACACACACAUCCAGCGACACUAGGCUGGGAACCUGACGAUCUGAACCAUGGCUGUUGCAGGGCUGCUCUGGCUGCUGGCUGCUGUCGCCUGUGUGUUGGGGCUCCAGCAUGCGGAGGGAGCAGCAGACAUGCCGGCUCUGAGUGCUGCGGACGCCUCCUUCUGUCAUGGAGGGCUUGAAGUCGCCUACCCGGAAGUGGACAUCAAUAAAUGCCUCGUGAUUUCAAAGAAUCUCAGAGAGAAGAUCAGCAAAGAGUGGGAGGCUCCACAGAUUUACUUCUCUGGAGCAAAUCAGAGGAAGAACUAUGUUUUGAUGAUGGUCGAUCCUGACGCUCCCAGUCGCUCCAAUCCAGCAGCCGCCAACUGGAGGCACUGGCUGGUGGUGGACAUCCAGGGCAGUGGACUGAGGAGAGGACAGUUACAAGGCACAACCCUGUCUGAAUAUAAACGCCCGACCCCUCCACAAAAGUCUGGUUUUCAUCGCUACCAGUUCAUGUUGUUUGAGCAGCCUCCAGACACACGACUGUCACUCACCAAGCAAGAGAAGUCAUCCCUGGGUAAAUGGGAUCCGCAGGCCUUCGUUGAAAGACUUGACCUGGGUGCGCCUGUGGCCACUCUGCAGUUCCUCACCCAGAAUCACAAAGACUGAAGGAUACUCAACCUGAGCAACAUCCUCUCCUCUUCAUUGUUCAAAUAUGUAGAAGAAGCCAGCUCUGGGUUUCACCUAUUACAUGGAAGUAUCCUUAUUAAUAGAUCUUAUUCUAUAAUAUAGAAAAGGGUGCGAAUACUGUGAAAUUUCGUCACUCUUUCUGAAGUAAACGAUGAGAAUUCUUUGAAAGCCCAUGCCAUGUCA